CGGGUUCUCUUUAUCCCUACCAGAAAACAAUACGAUAAAUAAUUCAGCGAUAAGGUGUGACAACAGAUGACUUCAAAGCAGGUAACGUAUUUUGGCUGUUCCCGGACAAUAAGCCGUCUUGAGAAACAUGAUUUGGGAAGGCGAGUGACGCAAGCCGAAAUGACCACGACAGACAAGACUAAAUAAUUCUCCGUGGUUCGAAUGAUUUUAACUGGCUUCGCUGAUAAUCGGAAGCGAUGAAAGUUCUCUGGAUUUGUUGAUAUUUAAAAGGUAAGAUAACAUUCGAUCUAGAGCAAUAUAUAACUUAUUGGCGACCAAACUACUGCUGGAUAACUGAUCGAAUAAUGUUUCUUAAAAAUACUGUUCGAGAAAAUAUACGAUUUUAAAUCAUUGCAGAUGUCGAAACCUACGAGAUGGGAAGAUUACUGUAAAAUUUAUAUAAAUAAUCAUAGUGAGAUCAGGAUCGCUUGAGGUUUAUUUUUAGAAAACUGACUCAUUGGAUUUAGAGAUAUAUUUAAGAAUUUGAUGAUGCGUUCGCAUGGUCACGGCGAUCACAUUUCUUGAUAAAAAAAUCUCAAAAGUUUAUCAAUGAAACGUGUUUAUGGCCAUAUGCUGGAAGUUGAAUUAAAUUUUAGAGGUAGAACAGAGGUAUCGAGUAAGUUUAUCCUCAGGCUAAUUAUAUUCAACCAGGAACAGCAAAAACACAAGGGAAUCGUAUUCAAAGAAGCUCUUUUUACUCUGACUUCUUUGAAGCUUGUUAAAACACCUUGCUAGUUAUAAAUAAAUCGUUGAAAGCCUCGAACAAAACCGAAUUGCAAGAAUUACACAGUCAACUCGUGUUGUGUUAUUGCAAAUUAUGCAUGUAUUUCUUUAAGUUCCAACCAGCCGCCACGAGGUUUCCUAGAAGCAAAGGUAACAAUGGAAAUAAUAACACUUAGAGUGUCUAUCUACAGUAAAUACUGAGAAUACCGAGAACAGCCUGAGUACAGCUCAGUACGGUAAAUAAUCAACUAGGAGCGGAUUUGUCCUCCAAAACAGAAUGUUCCUGUUAUUUCUGAUGGAAUAUUUGAGGCUCGCUGCCGCCUCUUAAAAGCUUUGUUCUCGAAAUCAAGUCACACCUCCCAUUCUUUCCUUCGCAGUUCAAAAUAUAAUUAUUUGUUUAAUUAAAAUUGUGAUCUACGGGAACGAAGAAGUCACAAGAAUUUGCCUCGCUCCCAAUAUGAGGCUUAUUGCUAGGUUGGUAAUGGCGCCCAACUAGUAUUUAAGAGGCCUGAAAUUUUCAGGCUUUUUUCCUGCAAUUGCUUGAAUUGCGGCUCACUUGCGAUGCUCAUUGGAAAGAUUUUCUUAUAAACAAAGCCGUAAUCUCUAAGGCAAUUCAUUGUUUUCACCAUUGUUUUCUGUAUUCAAGAACUGUCGGCAUAUAAUGAGUAUGGGACCGUUCGGAAAUCUUUUUCAUACACCUCAUGCACAAUAUUCAUCAGCCAGAUAAUGUUCUGCGGUUAAGGAUUUUUUAAGCUAGAAGAUCCAAGAAAAAACGCAGGUGAGCGCUAUUCUUGAUUAGGCAUCUUUUUUUUUGCGCCAGUCAGAGAGUAAAGACAUCAAGCUAAGAGGAGUGAAGCAAAGUGAAGUGUAAGUGUCCUUGACAAUCCAUUGUUAUUACUAAAAUUUAAGUGUGUAAGCGAUUGCAAUCGGUUGUCAAUUUCGUGCGAAGACGUCACAGAUCAAAGCCUUAAUCGAGCAGUCAACUUAGUGCAACACAAAUGGAUAACGGAGCUGAGUACACCUUUUUUGUAAAAACGUCUCAUUUUUGGGCUGAGGCUGGACGUUCUCAUUUAUUUAUUUAUAAUUUCUUUUUUUUGCAAUUUGAGCCUGAAAACGUUCCAAACAUGAAGUAUAAGUUGUACGGUAAUAAAUGCAUUCGGACGUGAUCAGAAUAAGUUCGACAACAAACUGAGUUGUUCUUCAGUGUAUCGUGCAAUAACCGCAUUGUUUACGUCCCCAAGGAUCUGAGUUAACUGUCCUGUUGGACCAGAGUUUUACAUUCCUUUUACCUUUAUUUACACUUUUCACUAAAAAUCAGCCGUUCUUAACUGACUCACGGCCCGGGUGUGUUCUUAGGUUGUUCUCAAAAUUUUGCUUAAUCUCUGCCUGAACGUUCCGUUAUAAAAUAGGUCCUCAUUAAAAAAAGAGUGUACAGAUACUCACAACUAAAUCGGCAUCGUUCUACAAACAAUGAAAGCAAAGCUCUGUUAGAAAGUCUAAGAAAUAAGCUGAUUUUAUCGUAUGCUCCUCAUCUAAUAUUUUUAUGUUAUGAGAACAAGUCUUGCGGUCAAUUCAGUGUCUCGAGAAAAGCGAUUGCCUACACAUUCAUGAAAGUAUUAAGUGUUGUGUGACUCCUAACGCAACCUCCCAGAUAACGCGUAUUAGGUCUUGGCGCAUGGAGGAUUACAGUGCUACAGUAGACCACGUAUAGGGAAUGAAAUAUCGUUGAUUUACAUUUUAAGCAUGAGAUGAAUAAAACUCACUCACCUUUUGUGUUUCCUUGGUCCUUUUGGCGUCCCCAGGGAAGUGUUCUUUCCUACAGUUCAGCGUUACUUUUAUUACUCGGGUUAGCUAAUCCCUUCAUUUACAUAUUGAUAUGCGGCUUCGAAGAUUGUGACUGCCUACCGAUGGAGGUACUUUUGUAUUGUUUUGCCUUUUCAAGUUUUGUCUCCUAUCCCACCAAAUUGUAAACAUACGAGACCUCUCAUCAAAACUUUGAAAUGCUGUAAAGGGCAAGUUUACGACUUUGAAAAAACUUUGUUACCUGAUCUGAGGAUUUGAUCUUCCACGAACAGGCUUGUAAUUAGAGGUUAGAUCAAUAUUCUUUGAGACGAAAUCCGUAGAAAGUAUUUCCACAGCUAUUUUUGUUAUGUGACUCUAUUCGAUUAAGGAAAAAAAUUAGAAAACAUACUAACGGUGUUUGGGGACUAUAUCAGUAGACUCCAUAGUCGAUCAGGACCUACUUAAAGAGUACGAAAUAUAAGCGGGAAAAAAACCCCAGCUUUUCCAGAUUUUUAUUUCAAUUUUAGUGCCAGAAUAAUUAUGUAACAAUUUUUUUCAAUUUGUCGUUUAAUGACUAUAGACAGCUGUUUUGUUUUUGCCUGUCAUACACAACAUAUUUUGUCUCAGCCACUGCAGGAUAUCGCGUCCACGUACAAUUUUGCCCGUCUCCCUCUGAGUGAAAACAAACUACUUUCAAAUUUGCAGGAUGACAUUUGAAAGCCAUUGAAGUAAUUGAGCUACUAGGUAGUUCAGAGCUUUGGUAAUCGACGUGAAAGCAGAUAAUAUGGAAUCGAAAAAAGAAUGGAGUCGACCUGACCAGCAGAUCAUUGCCUUCUACGUCGCUCAAGAGGCCGCUGUUGAGAAAAGAAAUGAGGUAGGUCAAGCUUUGGAAAUUAAAUUUAUGAGAAGUUUUGCUGUUAAAUUUUCCUCUGGUUAAUUCUGGAACUUUCAAAUGCGCUCGCUCACGAUGUAAAACUUGUUCUUUCAUUCAUAACGUAGAGAAAAUAUCGGGACCCAAGAGAUCCAUUAAGAUCACUGAUCACUUUACGUGUACCUCCGCUAAUGUUAUUUACUGCAUAACUUGCACUUAUUGCAAUAAGUUAUACAUCGACGAAACAGGAAAACGACUAGGGGACCGAUUCCGAGAAAAACUUCGCGACGUGGAAAGAAAUGACAGGGACGCAUCCAAACCAGUCUCGAGACACUUUAAUCUCCCUAAUCAUUCUAAACAGCAUAUGGCAGUCUGCGGCCUUUCCUUACACCUAGGCAGUUCGGAAAGCCGCAAAACACUAAAACAAAAAUAUAUGUUCCAAAUCGGCACCCUUAAUCCCCACGGAAUCAACGAGCGCUUUUCAUUCAACUAAUUUAUUCAUGUUUUCUCGUCACCAUAUUCCCACCGAUGGCGUAGCUCCACUUUCUGCAUAUAAACCCACACACAACCCACAAUUUCUCCAAUCGCUCUGACGAAGGGCUAACGCUCGAAACGUCAGCUUUUUUACCCUUUACGGUGGCUAAUUUACGUAUUCAACUCAGUUGUUAACACUAAAUUACUAGUUUUAUUAGUGGUUAAGGGAGGGCUCUUCCCUGAAAGCCGAGGUUUGACUGCACAUGAGCUUGGAUCGGAAUUUUCGUGUUUGCCUUCUGUGCUAUUAAUUGGCAAGACUCUUUACUCACACAAUGCUCAGGAAUAAAACUGGUUCUGACAGACUAUCGGGGAAACCUGACGCAUUGAUAUGGGUUAACCCUGGAAUGGACUCACCCGCCAAGGGGGAAGGAGCAAUAUUCCUGGUCGCUUCGCGCUACAGACAAUUGAAUCAGCUGGGUAAAGAGGGGCCACCCAACUCGUUAGCUGAUUGUAACUAGUUAUAGCCAUAGAAUGCAUCAUGCGGCAGGAAGUGCUGUCGAUUCUGUAGUACCUGAAAAUUGUUGCACAGCUGUUUCUACUACUAAUAGAACUCAGUGGUAUGCCAUGCUCUAGUAUCGAGGUAGCGCAUGGGUUGACAAUUAAAAAGAUAAAGAGUGAUAGGUAAUCUCUGUAAACUACUGAUACCAUCUUUACGUGUGGUCACCAGUGUCGAUAAAGCACGGUCAAAAUUAUUAAAUUUUCGCCCGGCGACGGCGUAGAGUUUUAAAAAACACUGGUUGAACUGCUGAAGAAUAGAAGGUAACAAGGUUUUUUCCAUAAAAAAAUUACGAGAAAAAUGUGGAGGGACCAAGAUACCCAAAUUGGAUGCUUAGACCACUUAAUAAUUCACGACACGAUACAGCCUUGUUGAAUUGCACAUAUGAACACCAGUCCUGCGACACAACCAUUUUCAUGGCUUGAUGUAGCAACAACAGAAUCAAACAGGGGAAGGUCCAAAUUCCAAAUGAGAGAUUUUGUGUUUGGGGAGGGGAGGGGGCUUAAUGCACGAGCUUUGUAGAGACGAGAGGGACGAUUGCGUGUCCCUAGUAUUUUCAUACUAGGCGUCAUGGUACACAAACUUACAGUGACUCUUAAAAUUUGGAGUCUUUUUGUUUUUCAUUUAUCCAUUCACUAAUUUUUCCUUUUUUUUUUUUUUUUUUUUUUUUUUCAGGAAAAUAAUGUUGUGCCUCUUAUAAAGUUCUUUUCAUUUCUUUGUGUACUGCUUGGUUUCACUCUUCUUGUUCUUCGCAUGGAAUAUCAGCCUUCUUUUACAAAGAACUGGUUUAACGAACCUUUAGAUCAACCACUUGAUAUGGAACCUUUUGACUGGGGUAUAGAAACAACAAAAUCCACGGACGAUACACAUAAAGGUGGCUCUGGUAAGUGACUUAGCUUAUUCACCAUGAAUUUUAGCAACUAUAGUCUUUAUUCGCAUUUCCUGUUUUAUUCAAGCCUCUUUCGUUCUUCGAUCGAUCUUACCCCUUUAAUUUGGUCGUUUGAAUCAUCGUCCGGUUCUCUUGAACAUAAGGUAAUCUCUCAAAUCGAAACUCUUAUUCCCCACGGUAUCAGCGAACGCUUUUAAGUCAAUUCAUUUGUUCUUGUGUCUUUUAUGUUCCCAUUUCUCAACCAGUAGCGUAGCUUCAUCUUUUUGUGUAUAAAAACCUCACACAAUCCACAAUCCCUCUAUUCACUCUGAUGAAGGGAUAACACUGAAAACGUAAACUUUAAAACUCUUAACUUGGGUCAAUUACACUAUGAACGCAGUUGAUGAAACCAAAUCAUCGUUUGCGGGCGAGCCGUGCAUGAAAUUUAUAGUUUCAAGCCGAGAUAGUACCGCAGUUCUCUGACUGGAUUAGAUAUUGUACCACAUGCAAAAUUCAUUGAAAAUCUUUCUGAUUGGCCGAAAGUGUACGGUGAAUUUUCGAAAAUAACGCCUGGGACGUCGUCUAGCUGCAGAUUACACAAUAAUCAUGUCAUGUAUGACCGCGGCGCAUGAUUUUUAAGGCUAAUCAUGUCAAGUUCGCGCGCUUUGUGAUGCUCGCUGAUUUGUAUCUUUUUACACGUUUAGAAAUAAAUUACCAGUUCCCCUCACUGUCGUGACCAUUUUGUUCAAUGUAUAAUAAAACAAUUAUUAUAUUCGGUUUUUGUGAUAUCCAGAAUAAUCAAGGUCUCGGUUAGGCUUAUAUUCCCCUACCUCGACCUUGAUUGUUCUUAAUAUCGCAAAAACCUCAUCCAAUAAUUGUUUAUAAAGCCAUAAUAAGCUCAAACCUCAAAGCUGUGUCUCGCAGGCAAUCAUAGUCGUGUGAUGAUGAAUAGGGUAUUUUUUUGGUGGUAAAUUGGUUACUGUGGGAGCAAGUAGCAUUGGAAAGUCGCUAAGCAACCAGUCAUUUUAUAUCACCCGGGGGAGGUCGGAAGAUUUUUGCGGUGAUCACAUGGUUAUCAAGGUGGAACGGAGAGGUGAUCAGUCAUUGGCAACAGCCUGAGAGAAAAAAGUGGGGAAAUUGACUGCCAAUUUGGGGGAUCUUGAGAGUAGUAUAAAUAGAAGUCUAUUAGCUCUCUACUAAAAUGUAAAGAAAUAAUCUUGUGACUCUCAGAAGCGUCAGACGUCCUCCCCUUGGCUGUUUGGGGUUUGUGGGGUCCGUGGAGUGAAUGCAGCAAGAGGAAAUACUGCCAAGAAGGCCAACAACAUCGCCGUAGAGUAUGUUUGUCUUUGGAAGAAUCCGCUCAAUGUAUGGGUGUCUCCAUGGAAGCCAGAGAUUGCCCUGCUGCUGCCUGUGUACAUGCAUGUAAGUUCGGAUGAUCUUCUUUAUUAAGAUGAGGGCCUGAGACUAUCUUUGUUAGUGAUGAACUUGCCAUAGUAAGUGCAAUUAUUGUUUUAUACGUUUUGCUUGCAGAUAGUUCCCCUCCCAUUUUAGUGGACAAGUCACCAGCACCGGCAACAUCAUUUCUUGCUCAAGAAUGCAACGCUACAGUUAAAUAUGCGGCUAGUGGUAGAUUUGGAGACCUUGUACCAAGCGCUGUUUAUCGUUUAUAUCCUUCUGCUAAAAAGAUGUUUAAAAGCGGAUUUUUUGCCUUGGAGAGGAUUCCUAAAGUUCUCAAGCACGAGUCUGAUAUAACUAAGGUACAAAAUGACGCAAGAUAGUCAGUUGGUCAGUUAGUCGGUCUGUACGUCAGUCAGUCGGUCAGUCAUUAGUCAGCCGUCGGCUAAUCAUUUAGUCAGCCAGUCAACCAUUCAGUAAAUCAGCCAACUAGUAAGUCAGCCAGAGGGUUACUUAGUUGGCCUUCCAGUCAAUCAGUUGGACACUUGGUCUGCUGGUCAGGCAGCCAGUCAGUUAAUCGGCGAGUUAGCCAUUGAGUCAGUCAGACGGUUUCUCAGACAGUCAGCCAGUCACCUAGUCAGUCAGCUAGAUAGUCUCCUAGUCAGUCACUCUGUUAGCCGAUUGGUCCGUCGGUUUUUUCAGUCAGUUACUUAGUUAGCAAGGCGAAAAGUCGAAAGUUCGCUGUUCAGCCUCUCGCAUAGCUGGUCAGUUAGUCAGUCGGUCAGUCACUCCGUAUGUCUGUCUGGUGUUCACUGAGUCAGUCACUGAUUCAAUUAGUCAGUAUCUCAAUCAGUUAUAUAUCGUUAAUCAGCCUGUUAAAUCUGGCGGUAACUGACCAACCCUUUAUGAAAUUCUCCCAAUCUCCAUGCAGGUGUGUUUUGAACCUUUUGGAGUGUGGUCUUUGACAGUAGCUCGAAAAGUGUUCCACUUAAACAGAUCCACGAGAGCCUCUCUGAACGAAGUAAAAUCAAAUCGCGUGAUUGGAUUGGCCAUAGCUCUUCGACCUGAUGGGACGUUAUACGGGGUACUGUUAGCCACAGGAACCUCAGGAGGGAUCUAUGGCAACGUUUAUUACAGGCGUUUUCGAGGAGUGAGUUUCCACGAUGAUAUAUCAUUUUAAGAUGUUGACGACAUUGGUUGUUCUUAGAAUUAUUUGUUUUUUAAAACCGUUCCAAGGAAACUGAAAGCGUCCCAGAAGACUGAUUUCUUCGCGCACGAUGUUAGUAAUGCUGGAAAUCAUUUUUGUAACAGUUUUGAAAUGUUUUUAAAAUGUUUUUCAUCAGAUCAUGAAAUGAUUUUUAGACUUGUACACAUAUUAGAAGGUCUGGGCCGCUACUUAAG